AUGAUGCACAAACAUACCAAGCCCAUCGGCCAGCGCAAGGUCUCACCUCCGGGUCCCAGCUAUAUGUCCAAUGAUCAAGUCGCCAGCUACUUGAAAGACCUUCGGACAAAUCGUCCGUCUCGUCCAACAGGCUCCCGACCGUACCCUGGCAGGCCAGCGGAGUCGACUAGCAAUCUACAGGACGAGAUCCCUCCCCGUGCAGCUUCCGCAUUCUCAAUGUACCGACCGUCCGAAAGUUCUCCAGAUGGUGGGCCUCGCUGCGACAGCGCGAUGUCUCACCGUCGCACAAACUCCUACGCGCCCCAUAGUGGCCCAACAGGACGACCCCUAGCACAGGAACCUCGAUCGGUCUCUGUGCGGAAGAAUGAGUUUCCUUCUCAAAUGUUCUCACGUCCUGUGGCCGCAUCUCCUGUUCCCUCCUACAAAGAAAGUAAACAGCGACACCAAGAGAAAGAAGAGGUGCGCGAGAUACGUGAUGCGCUUCAAGGCAUGAACCUUGAUGAAGAUAUUCGGCUUCAUCAAGCUGCUCAAGAUGAAGCUACCGAAUUGGUCUGGAUGCACCAGAAUCCCGGCAUGCCCUACAAGAAUCCAUAUGCCCCCUAUCGAAACCCCGACGUGGCUGGGGAAGACCCAUCCAUCCGAAGUCAAUCCGUCAAGAGCUUUGGGUCCGGAUCCUAUUCGAUCAAACAUCGCCAUUCAGUCACCUCCAGUGGCUCUUCGAGCGGCCCAUCAAGCCCCGAGUUUGUGGAUGCCAAUCUGAAUUCGACCGCUCGGAGACGGUCAUCACUUGCUAGUAACCUGAAGAAGAACCUAAAGGUCAAUUUUGCUCUACCCCCUGAAGAAAGCACUCCAGGUGACGCCCCGAUUACGAUCCCCAAGCCCCGUAAAGUCAGCGGAGACUCUUCCAAGGGCGUUUUUAGGAAUCCUGAUGACCAUAUCUACGAGGAACCGGAAGUCGCCGAACCACGCCCCGACUUCUCCAGAUCGGACUCCUCAGCAUUGAGGAACAAGCCUCGCAAUGCUCUUCCACGUCUUGGUAAACCGCUGCCCUGGCUUCGAGAUCGAAACACCAAUGGAUCUGUUCGAGAUAAAAUCUCCCAGUUCGACAUUCACAAAAACCCUCCUACCCAGUCUCGCAACCCAGCAUAUACAAAAAACGAGCCCCUGCCCCCUUCGCCUCCAUCCGCCAAUGAAGAGCCAGUCCCCACAAAGGAUGGCAUAGAAAUCCGCAGUGACGAUAUCCGAGCAGCCACGAGCAAAAAACUCAAAGACCGAAGCGAAAACCUGCCUAUGCCGUCAGCUGUCAGUGAUCGCAUGGGACGACCGAUCGUGAGCUUUGACCCCAAAUGGCAACCAAGUGAUGCACCAAAACUGGGCCGGCAGCCGUCAAAUAGUCAGGAUCUAGCGCCUGUAGCACCUCCUCCCACUCCUCCGGUCCCUAGUAUUGAGGUUGUUCCCAGUAUUGAAGUUGUUCCGAGUAUUGAGAUAUCGCCGUCAGACCCCCCGCCAAUCCCUGUCAUCAGUGUUCCAAACAUCAAGGCGCCUACUAUCUCGGAAAUGAAUGAUCCUUCUCAGAGAUCAACCCAAUCCACAAGGCCAAUGCCGCCCAGCACCCACAAUCGACAGGCUCUGCCUAGAAGACAAGGGUCAGAGCCUCAAGAUAGAUGGCGCACAUCCUAUUCGCGAGCUGGUGUUCCGACAGCACGCUGUGAAUCUUGCUCUUUGUCUAUUUCGGGGAAGAUUGUGACUGCUGGGGGAUGCCGAUUUCACCCGGAAUGUUUUGUCUGCUUCCACUGCCAGACAGCUCUGGAGUGUGUAGCCUUUUAUGAAGAACCACAGGCCAGCCGUGCUGAAAGGCUUUCCAACGACUCUGAUGAGGAGGCCCGUGUCCCUCGGUUCUACUGUCACUUGGAUUUCCAUGAGAUGUUCAGCCCCCGCUGCAAGAGUUGCAAAACUCCAAUCGAGGGCGAGGUUGUAGUCGCAUGCGGCGCAGAAUGGCAUGUUGGACAUUUCUUCUGCGCCGAAUGUGGUGAUCCUUUCAAUUCCCAAACCCCAUUCGUCGAGAAGGAUGGUUUCGCAUGGUGUCUUCGAUGCCAUUCUCGCCGGACUGCUCCCCGCUGCCUCGGAUGCAAGCAGCAUGUCUUGGAUGACGUUGUUAUAACUGCCAUUGGCGGGCAAUGGCACGAGCGCUGUUUUGUCUGCCACGAGUGUGGUGACGACUUCGGGUCAGAAGGCCGCUUCUUCGUCCGAGAGGGCGAACCUAAGCGCACAGCCAAAGGUCGCAUAAUUGGCGGCCCCGUCCAGCUGGCUGUUUGUGAGCGAUGCGAGGGUAUUCGUCUCAAGGCACCGGGGAUGUGCUGA